AUGAAGGAGCUUGGCCUUGUCAAUUAUUUCUUGGGUAUUUCUGUCACCAAAACUGCUUCUGGUUAUGUUCUUUCUCAGCAAAAAUAUGCCUCAGAGUUGUUAGCCAAGGCUGGUAUGAGUAACUGCAAGUCUUACUCUUCUCCCAUGGCUACUAAGUCCCCUUCUAGUUCUCUUACUGCAGCAAAUGAUACUCUCUUUUCUCAGCCAGCUUUGUACAGAAGUUUGGUCGGAGCUCUUCAAUAUCUUACCCUUACCAGACCUGAUUUAGCUUUUGUGGUUAAUCAUCUUUGUCAGUUCAUGCACUCUCCUAUGACUAGUCAUUUUCUCUCAGUCAAAAGGUUACUCAGGUAUCUUAAAGGCACCAUCUCUUAUGGGCUUCAUUUCACUGCUGGCCCUCUUCUUCUCACUGCUUAUUCAGACUCCGAUUGGGCAGGUAAUGUUCUUGAUCGAAGGUCCACCACUGGUUUCUGUGUCUAUCUUGGUCCUAAUCUUAUCUCUUGGUCUUCCAAGAAACAACCAACUGUGGCUAGAUCUUCAUCUGAAGCUGAAUAUCGGGCUUUAGCACAAACUUCCGCUGAACUUAGUUGGAUUGGGAUGUUGCUUGCUGAACUUCAUAUUUCUGUUCCUGUGCCUACCCUAUGGUGUGACAACUUAUCUGCCAUAGCUAUGAGUCACAAUCCAGUGUUUCACGCUCGUACUAAACACAUUGAGGUCGAUUAUCACUUUGUUCGCGAACGCAUUGCCUCCAAGAAGCUUCAUAUCUGUCAUAUUCCCACUUCUGAUCAAGUUGCUGAUGUCUUUACUAAACCACUUUCUGUUACUCGUUUUCAAUAUCUUCAGCACCAGCUCAAUGUCCUUCCUAGUCCCCUGAGCUUGAGGGGGGCUGAUAAGCAAUCUGAGACCCCACACACUCAAGCCACUCAAGCAGCCAAACAAGCUACUGUUUCAGCACAGAAGGCUUCAGCUUAUCAGUGCAUUCUAGAGUAUUCUUGA